CCGGGCGUGCUCCGAGGAGAUCGUAGGUGUUGUAUUCGACUGUGUCCAGAGGACAGGACUUUUCUGUUACUGCACUCACUGCUCCGGCCAGCCCUUGCUGUUUGGAUGUGAGUCGUUGCUUUACGAGUGACUGUUUCAGAGCUACGGGUGAUUUUUGGGACUUAACUCUUUCCGACUCUCACUCAUCAUAUUUUGAUAGCGGACAGUUACUGCUGAAGCAACUCAUCGUCUUUGUGAACUAAUCACGUGGAUAAUGGUUUUGACAAUUGUGGUUUACGGCUGACCAACUCUGUACCAUUGAAAAACGAUUGAACAGUGCUGUGGAGCUAAAAUACCGCCUAUGCUCCGAACAAUGGCAAAGAGAAUCGGGUCUCAGGCAACGGCUUCGUGCGGUCUCUUGGCGCUGCUUUGUUUUGGCCUACUACCAACUGGCGACUGCGACACACUCAUGAGAACGGUGAUGGCGACGGCAGGAGACAACGUCACCCUGCCCUGUCCCGGCCUGGCGGGGUCGGCCUCCCCUCCGGCCCCGGGAGCGGUCAGGGCCGGAUCCGGAGCCAGGAUUGGAGCCGGAACCAGGGCCAGGGCAGGGACAGCCGGCCACGGUGGAUACCUGGUCUCUCAGCUCACCUGGGAGUGCCCGGGUCGACGCCGAUGUCCCGCCGCUGCCGACGACUCGGGUCGUCUGGCCGAGUUCUCCGGCGGCGCCGUGACCAUUCUGGGAGACCAGAGGCGCCUCUCAGUAGACCGACACAGCUGGUCACUCACCAUCUCACCGGCCCAGGCCGACGACAGCGGUCACUACAGCUGCUCGUUCAACAGUCAGCCCUCGGAGCGACGCGUCGUGCUGGUGGUGCUAGGCGUUCCCAGUCCUCCCGGCCGGCCAAUGGUCAUCAAGCACACGUCUCGCCGAAUCGACCUCAGCUGGGCCCCGAGCCUGCAAACCAACAACAGCCCCAUCAAACACUACAUUGUGCAGACCAGGUUCGGAGACAGCGGCUCCUGGCCGGCUGUGAGCGCCGGUCACCGCACACAGGGAGCGCAGACCAGCGCCAGUAUCACGGGUCUCACUCCAUUCACCGUGUACACGUUCAGAGUGGUGGCUGUCAACGGACAGGGUCACAGCCAGCCGGGCUACGCCUCCUACCCGGUCAGCACGCUCCGCGAACGUCCCGGAGCUCCUCCGAGGCUGACGUUUGCCAGGAACCGUUCGUCCACGUCUAUAGAGGUGGGCUGGGAGCCGCCGGCCAACCACACCCUACACGGAGAGUUCACCGGGUACCGACUAACCUACCGUCGUGUGGAGCCGGGCCGACCGCCGGGCCCUGCCGUCGAAGUGGCCGUCCAUGACAGG